CUGGUCCACCUCUUGGCUUUGAACUGUGCGUGAUCGGGAGGGAAAAGCGAAAACCUCAUGGAUAGCGCUGAGGAGGAUAGGCCAUGAACUUGCCUGUUGCAGCCUCCGACGCCAAAUAGAGAGGACCACACGGAGGCAUAAGGCGCUUUUUAACCCUCCCUCUCUGUUUUUCGACCGCGGAGCCCCUCUAAUCCUGCUGCCACCGCGUCCAUCCAAGUCGGAGCGGGUGAGAGAGCGACCGACAGAGAGAGCAGCCAACCAGGGAGUCACGCUGGUUUCCCCUCUCUUUUGAAAUAAUCUUCGCAUCUUCUGGCUCUUCCUUCUCAGAUUUCUUUUUGUGUUCGAAACCUGCACGCCCUCCCAUACUUUCACACACCCUUUCCUAUCUAUGUGGGAGCCCUGAGAGCGCGCCCAGGGGGGGAAACUCUGUAUCAAAGCUUCGUGGAUCCCCCAGGCAGCCUCGGAUCACCGUGGCCAGAGAACUCCCUGCAGGGGCCCUGAAGCCGACAUGCCGCGCAGGAAGCAGCAAGCGCCGCGGCGCGCCGCAGCAUAUGUCCCUGAAGAUGAGAAGGAAGCAGCCCUGUUGGAUGAGGACCUCGAUGGAGACGACUCAGCUCAGGAAGGGGAGGAACCUGCUGCCAAGUUCCUGUGUCAGGACAAGGACUUUCUUCUCAAGGACAGACCAGGAUCCACUGGCUUCCAUGAUUCCCCCAAUGCCGCUGACUUUUCUGGUCAGGAGCUGGACAGUGAGUCUCACCUGAGUGAAUGCAGUGACAGAAUGUCUGAUUUUGAGAGCUCCUCACUUAAAAACGAGGAUGAUGUCCUCCUCUCUAAAGACACCUCAACUACACUGUCUUCCUCCUCUACCAUGAUGGCUGCUGCCCAUGCCAUUGCCCCAAUAAGUGCAGAUGAGGCCAUGUUAACCACAACAGGGUCUGUGGCUGACAGCCUGGAGAAAAUGAAGGCCAUUUACACCUCCUUCCUGACCAACUCGUAUUGGUCUACACUGAAUCUGAACCUGAGCCAGCCCCCUGCAGAAAAACCCCCUCGCAGUCACAGCAGCAGCAGCAGUAGUAGCAGCAGCAGUAGCUGUGGAAGCGGAGGCUAUGAUUGGCACCAGACAGCUAUGGCUAAAACCCUCCAGCAGGCUUCACAGAACCACCACAACAGACUGGGCCUGGUUCAACAUCCCACAGUGGCUGUAUCCACAGCAUCUGCAGAACCCAACCUCUUUAGUACCGUCCAGCUGUACCGACAGAGCUCGAAGCUCUAUGGCUCUAUUUUCACUGGUGCCAGCAAAUUCCGCUGUAAGGACUGUAGUGCGGCCUAUGACACAUUAGUGGAGCUCACUGUGCACAUGAAUGAGACAGGCCAUUACCGUGAUGAUAACCAUGAAACAGAUGGUGACGGUGCUAAACGGUGGUCUAAACCCAGAAAGCGUUCCUUGCUAGAGAUGGAGGGGAAAGAGGAUGCACAGAAAGUUCUGAAAUGCAUGUACUGUGGGCACUCCUUUGAAUCCCUUCAGGACCUAAGUGUCCACAUGAUCAAGACAAAACACUACCAGAAAGUGCCUCUGAAAGAGCCUGUCACACCAGUGGCAGCUAAGAUUAUCUCCACGGCUCGAAAAAGAGCCCCCAUUGACCUAGACAUCCCUAGUUCACCUGACUCCAAUGGAGGCACCACACCUAAGCCCACCUCCUUCAGCGAUUCUAAUGACAUACUGCAGAAGGUUACAAACCCUUACAUCACACCUAACAACCGUUAUGGACACCAAAAUGGUGCCAGCUAUGCCUGGCAGUUUGAAUCCAGGAAGUCACAGAUCCUCAAAUGCAUGGAGUGUGGCAGCUCUCAUGAUACACUCCAAGAGCUAACUGCUCACAUGAUGGUGACAGGACAUUUUAUUAAAGUCACCAACUCUGCUAUUAAGAAAGGCAAGCCCAUUAUAGAAUCAUCCACCCCAGCCCCAAUGUCCAAUUCAACAGCUGAAGAAAAGGUCCAGUCUGUUCCCCUGGCUGCCACAACCUUCUCCCCUCCACCAGCCCCAGUGCCUCCUCCAACCAGCAUCUCCCCCACUGCUAUGGCUGUGGAGAUAAAAAAGGAGGAGAAGGAGGAGGAAUGCACUAAAGAGACCAUCAUCAGUAGUGGAAACAAACUCAACAAAGAGAAGAGGGCAGGGGGUGAAGAGGAGGCUGAGGAGAAAUUUGAUAUUUCUUCAAAAUACACUUAUUUGACUGAAGAGGAUCUGGAUGAAAGUCCAAAAGGAGGUAUUGAUAUCCUCAAGUCCUUGGAGAACACAGUGACCUCAGCCAUCAACAAAGCCCAAAAUGGAGCUCCAAGCUGGGGUGGAUACCCCAGCAUUCAUGCUGCCUACCAGCUCCCAAAUAUAAUGAAGCUUUCUCUAGGCAACUCUGGGAAGAGCUCACCCCUUAAAUACAUGUUCCCUGGAGGGGAGAUCCUCUCUCCCACUGGUAAGAGCCAGCUUCUGAUCUCCCCUCCCAGCCGCCAGACAUCUCCACUGCCAAAAAACAAUUUCCAUGCUAUGGAGGAGCUGGUGAAGAAAGUAACAGAAAAAGUGGCCAAGGUUGAGGAGAAAAUGAGAGAGCCCACUGGUGCUGUGAGGGGAUCGCCUAUGAGAUGUACCACGCCUUCACCCUGCAACAGUGAGGCAGGGGACUUGACCCAAGGAGAGUCCCCCAAAGACAAUGGAGCAGGAGGUUGUAACACCCCUGAGAAUACAACUGGAGUAGAAAAAGCAGUAGUGGAUGGAAAUGGAUUCAAUCACAGAGAUUCAAAUGGAGAUAUUUCCAUAAAGGAGUCUGUGGAGAAUGGAGUCAAAUCAUCUGCUGUGACACCCCCCCUGCCUGCCUCACUGUGUGGCAGUACAGCUAUCAUUACUGACCAUCCACCUCCAGAACAGCCAUUUGUCAACCCUCUCAGUGCACUGCAGUCAGUAAUGAACGUCCACCUGGGGAAGGCUGCUAAGCCUGCCCUGCCAUCCCUUGACCCCAUGAGCAUGCUGUUCAAGAUGAGCAACAGUCUGGCAGAGAAGGCAGCUGUGGCUGCUUCAACCCCACCAGCACAAACCAAAAAGCCCAGUAAUGACCACCUAGACCGUUACUUUUACCAGCAGCAUCUAAAUAAUGACCAACCAAUAGAUCUUACCAAAGGCAAAAAUUCUGACAAAAACAGCAAUAACGGUUCUUUGGGUUCAACAGCUCUCUCCUCCACCACUUCCACCCCAUCCUCAGUUUCUCCCCCCUCCACUGUCACUAUGACCAAAGCCUCGGCUGCAGUGGCUUCCUUUAUGUCCACCUCCCCUUUGAGAGAAAAUGCCCUUUCAGACAUCUCUGACAUGCUGAGGAACCUGACAGAAAGUCAGGCUGUCUCCAAGUCCUCCACACCUACCAGCCAGUCGGAGCGUUCUGACAUUGAAGGUGUCACACAGGAGGAGACAGAAGAUGCUUCACCAGCCCAGAAACGUAAAGGCCGCCAGUCAAACUGGAACCCUCAACACCUCCUCAUCCUGCAAGCCCAGUUUGCUUCCAGUCUUAGACAAACAAGCGAUGGUAAAUACAUGAUGUCAGACCUGAGCCCACAAGAGAGAAUGCACAUCUCCCGUUUCACUGGCCUCUCAAUGACUACAAUAUCCCAUUGGCUGGCUAAUGUCAAGUACCAGCUGAGGAGAACUGGUGGCACCAAGUUCUUGAAGAACUUGGAUUCGGGUCACCCAGUGUUUUUCUGCAGUGACUGCGCCUCUCAGAUCCGCUCACCAUCCACCUACGUCAGCCACUUGGAAUCCCAUUUGGGCUUCCGUCUGCGAGACCUGGCCAAACUUUCAGGGGAACAGCUUCUCAGUCAGAUAUCGCAGCAACACCAUCAACAACGCCACACCAAAGGACUAUCUGAAAAACUGCUCUCUAAUUUUCACUCAUCCAGCCACCCUUUACCCUCCUCUCUACCCACAUCCCUACCCUCUGCCUUACCCCUCUCCCUGUCCUCACCCUUAACCACCUCUCUGCCCUCAGCUGAAUCCCCAUCACCCUCCCUUGAUGACGAUGAUAGUGGGGCCAUGUACCAGUGCAAGCUUUGCAACCGGACUUUUGCAAGCAAGCAUGCAGUCAAGCUUCAUCUGAGCAAGACUCAUGGGAAGUCCCCUGAGGACCACCUCAUGUAUGUGUGUGAGCUUGAAAAACAGUAGCAUUGGCUGGGGACAUUGCUGCACUCUUUCAUAAUGGCUCACUCUUGCUUGUUUUGUCUCUCUGUCACAGACAUUUAUUUCAAGAAAAGAAAGGAUUAUUAAUGUGAUGGAACUGCACAAAGAGGCCAUAAAACUACUGCUGUGAGUUUUGGCACAUGGUUUUAAAUUUUGUUUUGAGGAAGUUUUUGUUUUUGAUGGUUUUGUUUUGUUGCAUUUUGUUUUUCUGUGCAAGACAUACUCUGACCCAAGACAUUCAAUUGUGGUGAUCUCCUUUGACAGGAAUAGUAACUACAGGAACUGACUGUUUUCAAAAUGUGUUGAUGGGGGCUGUUGUCACUGAGAAGAUACAGAAUAUGAAGGUUUAAAAAAAUUUCUAAAAUGAUGUGUAUUUUGAAAUGUGUGUAAAUGGAAUUCUGUUCCUUUAUAUUUCAGCAUCACUGGGGCGUGACAACCUGCAUGCAUAAAUAAAACUGUUUAGUUAAACAUUUUAUAACUAAAUCUGGUGCACUUUCCAUGUUUUUUGUUUCUUUUUUCUCUUCUGCUUCCACUAUCUUCCUUUUUUCCUUUUCUUUUUUAUCUAUAACAUAGUUCUGCUGUAGCCAGCAUUUAAAAUUUAACCCUCUGAGUACGUCAAAGCACUUCUAUAUCUAAGGUCCAAACACUAUUGACUAAAGAUUAGAGAAUUACUGAAGCUGUUGUGACUAUAAGAUGGACAAUGGGUGCAUUGUACUGCAUCUGCAAUGCAUAUUUCCCAGACAUACAAUAGAUUAAGUGUUUAUAUAAGGAGAUUCUGUAUUCAGUGCAAGGUGUUCAUCUUGGGCUUAAUAUCUGUCUGGAAGAUGCACACAGAACUUGACACAAGUAUUGUAGCUAUAUGGUAAAAAAAAAAGAAAUCAAAAAAAAAAUAAAAAGAAAAAAGAAAAGUCUUUUACUUUGGUCGAUCAGGGACCAGGGUAAUUCAGGUCUGUGUAAACUUUGUAUAUAAUAAAAACAUAUUAACUAAUUUCUGUCUAAAUUAUGCAUCAUUUCUAUAUUUUUUAAUUUAAAAGGGUUAUGACUAUCUGCUGGUGCACACUAUAUGAAGACAAAUAAAAUUGUUUUGCACAAUAGUUUUAUAAAUGUGUUAUUUAAUCAAACAAUACAAAAAGGGAGGUAAAAAAAAAUUACAGCAAAUGACAGAAAUUUUUAUUCCCAACUCGUGCUCAAAGGGUUAAAGACACUUUUUACCAGACACUGCUCGUGUGCCACUGUAUGAACACUAAAAAGAUAUUAAAGGUUGUACAAAAAAGAUGUUGCUUUAUGAAAAUAUUUCACUUGUAAACUGUUAUUUAUAAGCACUCUUGGUUGUUUCAUAUCGUUGAAUGCCUGUUUGAUUAGUCAUAUUUUAUUUUAUUAUAUUUUUUUGUUCUGUCUAAUUACUCUGUCAUGAUUGGAGACUGCAGCUUUAUCUUUUUGGGAUAUGAAAGGUAACCAUGGUUACACUAACCUCUUGAGUGACAAGUUCUGCUACAUUUUUGACAGUUAAUUUGCUAAAGUAACUGACAGCUGCCAGUGUAGAGAAAUAAUAAAAAAAAUCCUUAUGUGUAAAAUAUUGGCAUGUAAACAGCACAGACACUGUUAUGCAUUCUGUGCUUAGUCUUUUUCAUUUCAUUCUUUCAUUUUCUGUUGUUGUUGUUCUUGACAAUGAACCCCCAUUAUAUGACUUCAUACAGUAUAAACUUGUUUUC